UUUAGUUUCGCCUUGUGUCUGAAUCACACACGAAACACCAGAGAGACAGGAGAGAAAGAAAGAAAGAAAGAAACAGAGACAGUUUCUUGGCCGGAAAAUUUUAAAUUAAUACUUCCACCAAUGUCGUCUCGCCGGAGAGUUCUUCUGAAAGUCAUCAUCCUCGGAGAUAGCGGGGUUGGGAAGACAUCGUUGAUGAAUCAGUUUGUGAAUCGCAAAUUUAGCAAUCAGUAUAAAGCGACGAUUGGAGCAGAUUUCUUGACUAAAGAGGUUCAGAUUGAUGACAGGAUCUUCACUUUACAGAUAUGGGAUACGGCUGGGCAAGAAAGGUUCCAAAGUUUGGGAGUUGCCUUUUACAGAGGAGCUGAUUGUUGUGUUCUUGUAAACGAUGUCAAUGUUAUGAAAUCUUUUGAGAAUCUUAAUAACUGGAGGGAAGAGUUCUUGAUUCAGGCUAGUCCAUCAGAUCCUGAGAACUUCCCGUUUGUUGUGUUGGGGAACAAGACCGAUGUUGAUGGUGGCAAGAGCCGAGUGGUUUCUGAGAAGAAAGCAAAGGCAUGGUGUGCAUCUAAAGGAAACAUUCCUUACUUUGAGACAUCUGCCAAAGAAGGAUUCAAUGUUGAUGCAGCAUUUGAAUGCAUUACCAAAAACGCAUUCAAGAAUGAACCUGAAGAAGAACCUUACAUGCCUGACACUAUUGAUGUUGCUGGAGGUCAGCAACAAAGAUCAACAGGUUGUGAAUGCUAAUCAACCAAAACGUUGAGAGGGUACUAAUAUUUUGAUUUCUAUGGCGAAUUUUAUUUUGUACCACACAAUAUCAAGUGUAAUGUCAUUUCAUUGAAACGAAUUGUUUUCCAAUUCCACACAGUAUAAAAAAAACAUGUAAUGUGACAUUGUGAUCU